UUAUGUUUCUUGAUAUCUGGCGGGAGAGGUCUGGGCAUAGGCAAAAGACAAAACAGCUGUAUUUAUUUCAAGUGUGAACUUGUAGGUGUGUGUGUUUGGUUUUUUUUUAGAAGUGGUAUCCGAGUAAAUUUCGAAAUGUGUCCAAGCUGAUUUAAACUAUCACUAGAUCAGAUCGGGUCUCAUAUGUAUCUACCGACAUGAUACAUAGAACAUACCAUGCGAUGUGUGUAUGAUUUACCGUUUUAAUAAAAUUACUACUAGGUAAUAUAUUUAUUCCCAUUUAUACUACCCACUUUUUUUUAUUCGUUUAUAAGUUCAGUACUGAAGUUAAAAUCUCAUCAGCGUAUGCUGUCUAUGUGCAAUGGGCUUUCAGACCCUCCGAAAAAUUUUCGUUCUUUUUUAAGCCAGCAAUGCUAUAGAGUACCUCACAGAAGAGUGAGGGAGAGUUGCUAAUAUAUAUGAACCAAAAAUAGAGCACAGAUUGGGAUGCUAAUUGAUUUCUGCUUUAGUUUUUGCUGUGCUGCAUGAAUAUUUUAACAUUGCUUUACCAAAAAUUAAGGUUUAUAAUUUCACUUUCAAAGAUCAAAGGGGAUGCCAUGGUCACACGCCAAGUUGUGUGAAUAAACAAUUUAAAGGGUGUGUCUCUGUGUCAUGUUUUAUAGAGGGAGACAGGAAAUCACUAAAUGAAACAACCAAGAACUCCCACCCCACAAAACAAACAAACAAACCAACAAAAGCUAAGAACUGAAAACUGGCUCUCAAGUUUAAAAAAAAAAAAAAACCAACAAAAAUCAAGGCCUCCAGAAGUUCCGAAACCCAUUGAAGACAUGGAAAAAUCAAAGAAUGAAGCUUCCUUGCUUUAUGUCCGACCUUUAAAACGAGGAUCCCAGCAUCAAAAGUCAGACAUGAAGAAAGAAGACUUAGAAAUCACUUUGGUCACGGAUCAGUUAAAUAUUGGCAAAGAUGACUGUCUUCAACAAGAGGCUUCAAUAAAGCAAGCAACCAAAAGAAAGGCCAAUUCUCCUAUCAUACCAUUCCAGAACAACAUUAUGAAGAAGGAAAUGAAAAGCAAAAAGUUGUCAGAUUGCAGUAUGGGGCGUUUAACACGAGAAAGGGUAGUUGAUCUUCUGAUGAAUGACAGUGGUGUGAACAGUGUCUUAUGUGGAUCAUCCUCAUCAGUCCAGUCAAAACCAGAGGUUAGAGUUAACAAUAGGGCAUCUACUGUUAUUUUCAAAAAAGAACUUUCAAGUCCGGCUCUUAUACAACCAUCACAUAAACAAAAGAAUGUUGCCACAAAAAGGAAAUCCAAACAUUCUAUUAAAAGAAAAUCUUUAUCCCCAUCUGUGACCCCAAUUUACCCAACCUCAAGAAAAACAGCUUCCGUCAUGCCAUUAAAGACUGGGUGUGUCACUGUCUCGCUACUUAGAGUAGAUGUAAGUCCAACUGCCACCAGGACAAAAUCUAGCCAAAGUAUUGCAGCUAAGUGUGAUAGAGAAUUUAAUCAGAAGCCUGCAGAUUCAAGGACUAACAGUUCUUGCACACCGAGGGCAACAGCACAACGACAAAAGGGACUGGAUAAGGCAGAAGUAGCAGUGAGGGAGAGUCUAAGAGUCAAACUGCGUCGCUUGUCAGGGGGAGACUACAAAGUGACUAGAGGAAAGAGCUUUUCUCGAGGAGCAGCUUCAGAAAUCUCCCAGGUAAAACAACAGUCAGGUGGAACCGUUUCAUCAAGAAAGACAAAAUCAUCAGGGAAGACUAAGAAGAGGAAACAGUCCAGGGUGUUGGAUGAUACGUCAAAUGAAGAAUCAUCAACACUGGAUGAAGAGUCUGAGUCAGAAUUUAGCCCAGACAGUGACAGUGAUAGUGAUUUCAGUUAUGAUUUUUCAAGAGAAAAAAGACAAGGCAGAGUAACCUCACGGAAAAUUGUGCAAAGUCAUUGCAAAAGACAAAGGUCAAGACAACCAACAGCCAGAAGGCCUACAACAUUUUCUAGGCAAGAACUAUUAUCAAGAGCAACACCAAGAAUUCCAAGACGUAGUGGUCAUCUGACAUCUCCAGAGACAGCUUUGGAGAAGGCCAGGACCAGGCUUCAUGUUGCCGCUGUACCAGACAGUCUGCCCUGUCGUGAAAAGGAGUUUGAAGAUAUUUAUAGCUUUGUGGAGAGUAAGGUGUUGGACAAAACUGGAGGGUGUAUGUACAUCUCUGGUGUGCCAGGGACAGGCAAAACAGCAACAGUGCGAGAGGUGAUAAGGGCUUUGCAGCAAGCUUCUGACUCGGGGCAUCUUGCAAAGUUCACCUUUAUUGAAGUAAAUGGCAUGCAGCUGACUGAACCUCGGCAGGCUUAUGUUCGUAUCUUGAAGGAGCUGACUGGCCAGAAGGCUACUGCUAACCAUGCCUGUGAACUGCUGGACAAGAUGUUCUGUUCACCCAAAGGACCAAGACGAGACACUAUUGUUCUGCUAGUUGACGAACUGGACCUAUUGUGGACACACAAGCAGGAUGUAAUGUACAACAUAUUUGACUGGCCCUCUAAGACCCGAGCACAGUUAGUGGUGCUGGCCGUGGCCAACACCAUGGACCUGCCCGAGAGAAUCAUGAUGAAACGAGUGUCCAGCAGGCUGGGACUGACUCGGAUGACCUUUCACCCGUAUAACUUCAGACAGCUGGAACAGAUCGUGCUAUCACGCAUGACGGGACUGAAAAUAUUUGACAGUGAUGCUGUACAGCUUGCUGCCCGCAAAGUUGCUGCUGUUUCUGGUGAUGCCAGGAGAGUACUGGACAUCUGUCGACGUGCAACAGAAAUAGCCGAGGCCAACACCAGCAGCAAACUUGUACACAUCACCCAUGUAGAUGCUGCUCUAAAAGAGAUGUUCUCCUCAUCCAAAAUUCUUGCCAUCCAGAAUUUGUCAACCCAAGAGCAGCUGUUUAUGAGAGCCAUUGUGGCCGAGUUUCAGCAUAGCGGGUUAGAAGAAGCAGAGUUUUCCAAGUUGUACACACAGCAUUUGACACUCUGUAGAUUUGAGGGAGUUCCACCCCCUUCUGCCAGUGAACUUAAUGCCAUUUGCUGGCGGCUUGCUAGUUCCCGCUUGUUGCUGGUAGAGGAAGGAAGAUUAGACCUUCAGAUGCGGGUACGACUCAACGUGUCUUCCAGUGAUGUUAUGUGUGCAUUAAAAGAAGAGUAAUUGCCCUUUUUUCUCACCAGGCAGUACUCAAACAUUAUUCUUUUGAUGUUGUUCAAAGCUGUUCUCCAGGAAUAGCAGCUCACAACAGGCUUGAUCAGAUGCAGAAUAGUAAACAUUUUGAAUGGUCUUGUUAUUAGCAUUCUAUACAUAAUAAUCAUCUUUGUUAAUGCCUCGUUAAGAGCAUUUGACUUGUACUUCAAACUACACAAAAAAUUGCGAAGAGACAAGACUGUAUUGAUAAAUCAGUGUUUUAUAUAUAGAGAUUUUUUUCUACAUUCAGCAUCAGCAUAUUUAAAAAGAGCCACGUGUGUCAGCUUGUGCAUGUUCUUUAGUCAGAGAUUAGGCUUCAGGUGAUUAAAUAGGAUAAAUCUGGAUCAUGCAAGUUUUACUUGAAUUGUAUAAUAAACAUUGUUAAAUAUG